AUGGGCUCAGCUCCAGCCCUGGCCUGCUGUUUCCUUGACCGCCUGUUUACCUGGUUUGAGCGUAUCAGCAUGUUGGUCAUCCUUCUCAACUGUGUGACUCUGGGCAUGUUCCGGCCGUGUGAGGACAUUGCCUGUGACUCCCAGCGCUGCCGGAUCCUGCAGGCCUUCGAUGACUUCAUCUUUGCCUUCUUCGCCGUGGAGAUGGUGGUGAAGAUGGUGGCCCUGGGCAUCUUUGGGAAAAAGUGUUACCUGGGAGACACUUGGAACCGGCUGGACUUUUUCAUCGUUAUUGCAGGGAUGCUGGAGUAUUCGCUGGACCUGCAGAACGUCAGCUUCUCAGCUGUCAGGACAGUCCGUGUGCUGCGACCGCUCAGGGCCAUUAACCGGGUGCCCAGUGAUCGUGUGGUGGCAGCCCCUUUGCUGUCCACCCGCCCGGUGCUUGCCCCGACUCUGGUCCUUUCCCUGCUCACCCCGUGUGCCUCGGCCCACACAUGCAGUUCUCCCUUCCGGGGCCUGCCCCCCGGGGAACCGCCCCAGCCUCAUCCCUUUCGCCCCCACAGCCCCCUGAGCGUGGACCUGGAGCCCUAUUACCAGACGGAGAAUGAGGACGAGAACCCCUUCAUCUGCUCCCAGCCCCGGGAGAACGGCAUGCGCUCCUGCAGGAGUGUGCCCACCCUGCGUGGGGAGGGCGGGGGCGGCUCCCCCUGCGCCCUGGACUACGAGGCCUACAACAGCUCCAGCAACACCACCUGUGUCAACUGGAACCAGUACUACACCAACUGCUCUGCCGGGGAGCACAACCCCUUCAAGGGCGCCAUCAACUUCGACAACAUCGGCUACGCCUGGAUCGCCAUCUUCCAGGUCAUCACGCUGGAGGGCUGGGUCGACAUCAUGUACUUUGUGAUGGAUGCUCAUUCCUUCUACAACUUCAUCUACUUCAUCCUCCUCAUCAUCGUGGGCUCCUUCUUCAUGAUCAACCUGUGCCUGGUGGUGAUUGCCACGCAGUUCUCGGAGACCAAGCAGCGGGAGAGCCAGCUGAUGCGGGAGCAGCGCGUGCGGUUCCUAUCCAACGCCAGUACCCUGGCCAGCUUCUCGGAGCCGGGCAGCUGCUACGAAGAGCUGCUCAAAUACCUGGUGUACAUCCUCCGUAAAGCAGCCCGCAGGCUGGCCCACGUUUCUCGGGCAGUGGGCGUGCGGGCCGGGCUGCUCAGCCCGGCGCCCCUGGGGGUCCAGGAGCCCCAGCCCAGUGGCAGCUGCUCACGCUCCCAUCGCCGCCCGUCCGUCCAUCACCUGGUGCACCACCACCACCACCACCACCAUCACUACCACCUGGGCAACGGGACGCUGCGGGGCCCCCGGGCCAGCCCAGAGAUCCAGGAUCGGGACGCCAAUGGGUCCCGCCGGCUCAUGCUGCCACCACCCUCGACACCGGCCCUCUCCGGGGGCCCUCCUCGGGGCGCAGAGGCUGUGCACAGCUUCUACCAUGCCGACUGCCACUUGGAGCCGGUCCGCUGCCAGGCACCCCCGCCCAGGUCGCCAUCCGAGGCAUCAGGCAGGACUGUGAGCAGCGGGAAGGUGUACCCCACGGUGCACACCAGCCCUCCACCAGAGAUGCUGAAGGAGAAGGCACUCGAGGUGGCCCCCACUUCCGGACCCCCCACCCUCACCAGCCUCAACAUCCCACCUGAGCGCUACAGCUCCAUGCACAAGCUGCUAGAGACGCAGAGUACAGGCACCUGCCAAAGCUCCUGCAAGAUCUCCAGCCCUUGCUUGAAGGCAGACCGUGGAGCCUGUGGCCCAGACAGCUGCCCCUACUGUGCCCGGGCUGGGACAGGGGAGGUGGAGCUCGCCGGCCCCGAGAUGCCUGACUCAGACAGCGAGGCGGUUUAUGAGUUCACGCAGGACGCCCCGCACGGCGAACUCCGGGACCCCCAGGGUCGACGGCGACGCAGCCUGGGGCUGGAUGUGGAGCUCAGCUCCGUGCUGGCCUUCUGGAGGCUGAUCUGUGACACCUUCCGCAAGAUUGUGGACAGCAAGUACUUUGGUCGGGGCAUCAUGAUUGCCAUCCUGGUCAACACGCUCAGCAUGGGCAUCGAGUACCACGAGCAGCCCGAGGAGCUCACCAACGCCCUGGAAAUCAGCAACAUCGUCUUCACCAGCCUCUUUGCCCUGGAGAUGCUGCUGAAGCUGCUCGUGUAUGGUCCCUUUGGCUACAUCAAGAACCCCUACAACAUCUUCGACGGCGUCAUUGUGGUCAUCAGUGUGUGGGAGAUCGUGGGCCAGCAGGGGGGCGGCCUGUCGGUGCUGCGGACCUUCCGCCUGAUGCGGGUGCUGAAGCUGGUGCGCUUCCUGCCGGCGCUGCAGCGGCAGCUCGUGGUGCUCAUGAAGACCAUGGACAACGUGGCCACCUUCUGCAUGCUGCUCAUGCUCUUCAUCUUCAUCUUCAGCAUCCUGGGCAUGCAUCUCUUCGGCUGCAAGUUUGCAUCCGAGCGGGACGGGGACACGCUGCCGGACCGGAAGAAUUUUGACUCCCUGCUCUGGGCCAUCGUCACCGUCUUUCAGAUCCUGACCCAGGAGGACUGGAACAAGGUGCUCUACAAUGGAAUGGCCUCCACAUCGUCCUGGGCUGCCCUUUACUUCAUUGCCCUCAUGACCUUUGGCAACUACGUGCUCUUUAACCUGCUUGUCGCCAUUCUGGUGGAGGGCUUCCAGGCAGAGGAAAUCAGCAAACGGGAAGAUGCGAGUGGACAGUUAAGCUGUAUUCAGCUGCCUGUCGACUCCCAGGGGGGAGAUGCCACCAAGUCCGAGUCAGAGCCUGAUUUCUUCUCCCCCAGCCUGGAUGGCGACGGGGACAGGAAGAAGCGCUUGGCCUUGGUGUCCCUGGGAGAGCACCCGGAGCUACAGAGGAGCCUGUUGCCCCCGCUCAUCAUCCACACGGCCGCCACGCCCAUGUCGCUGCCCAAGAGCUCCAGCACCGGCCUGGCUGAGGCGCUGGGCCCUGCCUCCCGCCGCACCAGCAGCAGCGGGUCGGCGGAGCCCGGGGCAGCCCACGAGAUGAAGUCACCGCCAAGUGCCCGGAGCUCUCCGCACAGCCCCUGGAGCGCAGCAAGCAGCUGGGCCAGCAGGCGCUCCAGCCGCAACAGCCUGGGCCGGGCCCCCAGCCUGAAGCGGAGGAGCCCGAGUGGGGAGCGGAGGUCCCUGUUGUCGGGCGAGGGCCAGGAGAGCCAGGACGAAGAGGAGAGCUCAGAGGAGGAGCGGGCCAGCCCAGCAGGCAGCGACCAUCGCCACAGGGGCUCCCUGGAGCGGGAGGCUAAGAGCUCCUUUGACCUGCCAGACACGCUGCAGGUGCCCGGGCUGCACCGCACAGCCAGCGGCCGCAGCUCCACCUCUGAGCACCAGGGCUGCAAUGGCAAGUCGGCCUCGGGGCGCCUGGCCCGGGCCCUGCACCCCGACGACCCCCCACUGGAUGGAGAUGAUGGCGAUGACGAGGGCAACCUGAGCAAAGGGGAGCGGAUGAGAGCGUGGAUCCGAGCCCGGCUCCCUGCCUGCUGCCGAGAGCGAGACUCUUGGUCUGCCUACAUCUUCCCUCCUCAGUCAAGGUUCCGCCUCCUGUGCCACCGGAUCAUCACGCACAAGAUGUUCGACCACGUGGUCCUUGUCAUCAUCUUCCUCAACUGCAUCACCAUUGCCAUGGAGCGCCCCAAGAUCGACCCGCACAGCGCUGAGCGCAUCUUCCUGACCCUCUCCAAUUACGUCUUCACCGUGGUCUUCCUGGCGGAGAUGACCGUCGUCACUGACAUCCCGGGAGGGGAAAUGAGAGCGGGAGCGUCGGCUUCCUGUUUUGAGAGAUGGUGGGUGGGCAUCCCGGUGGCAAGGGUCCCAGGAAAAGAGGACCGCUCUGCCCAGCCAGCCCAGAAAGCCAACCUCUUCCCUCAUCCUGAGCCCAGGGGACCAAGGAGCCAAGAUCGGGAGGCGGGGCAGCAGGGCAAGGGACAGGGGAGUGUCCGAGCUGGGGGAACCCCUCUCAUCCCUUCCCUCUCCAGGGUGAUCAGCCGGGCACAGGGCCUGAAGCUGGUGGUGGAGACGCUGAUGUCCUCGCUGAAGCCCAUCGGCAACAUCGUGGUCAUCUGCUGUGCCUUCUUCAUCAUUUUUGGCAUCCUGGGGGUGCAGCUCUUCAAAGGGAAGUUCUUCGUGUGCCAGGGUGAGGACACCAGGAACAUCACCAACAAGUCUGACUGUGCCGAAGCCAGUUACCGGUGGGUCCGGCACAAGUACAACUUUGACAACCUCGGCCAGGCCCUGAUGUCCCUGUUCGUGCUGGCCUCCAAGGACGGCUGGGUGGACAUCAUGUACGAUGGGCUGGAUGCCGUGGGUGUGGACCAGCAGCCCAUCAUGAACCACAACCCCUGGAUGCUCCUGUACUUCAUCUCGUUCCUGCUCAUUGUGGCCUUCUUUGUCCUGAACAUGUUUGUGGGCGUGGUGGUGGAGAACUUCCACAAGUGUCGGCAGCACCAGGAGGAGGAGGAGGCCCGGCGGCGGGAGGAGAAGCGUCUGCGGAGGCUGGAGAAAAAGAGAAGGAAUCUAAUGCUGGACGAUGUAAUUGCUUCCGGCAGCUCAGCCAGCGCGGCGCCAGAAGCCCAGUGCAAACCCUACUACUCGGACUACUCCCGCUUCCGGCUCCUCGUCCACAACUUCUGCACCAGCCACUACCUGGAUCUCUUCAUCACGGGGGUCAUUGGGCUGAACGUGGUGACCAUGGCCAUGGAGCACUACCAGCAGCCCCAGAUCCUGGACGAGGCUCUGAAGAUCUGCAACUACAUCUUCACCAUUAUCUUCGUCUUAGAGUCAGUUUUCAAACUCGUGGCCUUUGGCUUCCGUCGGUUCUUCCAGGACAGGUGGAACCAGCUGGACCUGGCCAUUGUGCUGCUGUCCAUCAUGGGCAUCACGCUGGAGGAGAUCGAGGUCAACGCCUCACUGCCCAUCAACCCCACCAUAAUCCGCAUCAUGAGGGUGCUGCGCAUCGCCCGAGUGCUAAAGCUGCUGAAGAUGGCUGUGGGCAUGCGGGCGCUGCUGGACACAGUGAUGCAGGCCCUGCCCCAGGUGGGGAACCUGGGACUUCUCUUCAUGUUGUUGUUUUUCAUCUUUGCAGCUCUGGGCGUGGAGCUCUUUGGAGACCUGGAGUGUGACGAGACGCACCCCUGCGAGGGCCUGGGCCGACAUGCCACCUUCCGCAACUUCGGCAUGGCCUUUCUGACCCUCUUCCGGGUCUCCACGGGCGACAACUGGAAUGGCAUUAUGAAGGACACCCUCCGGGACUGCGACCAGGAGUCCACCUGCUACAACACGGUCAUCUCCCCCAUCUACUUCGUGUCCUUCGUGCUGACGGCCCAGUUCGUGCUGGUCAACGUGGUGAUCGCCGUGCUGAUGAAGCACCUGGAGGAGAGCAACAAGGAGGCCAAGGAGGAGGCCGAGCUGGAGGCCGAGCUGGAGCUGGAGAUGAAGCCGCUCAGCCCGCAGUUCAAGUCUCUUUCUCCCUCUGUGUCUCUGGUCACUCCCCUGCCCCCUCACUGCCCCUCUGACCCCCGUUCCCUGACUCUCCGGCUCCCCCUAUGGGCUGGUCCUUCCCAGGACAGGCAGAUGUUUGACACCAUAUCCCUGCUGAUCCAGAGCUCCCUGGAGGGGGAGCUGAAGCUGAUGGACGAGCUGGCAGGCCCAGAGGGCCAGCCCUCUGCCUUCCCUCCAGCCAGCAGCCCGGGUGGCUCCGACCCACAGAUCCCUCUAGCUGAGAUGGAGGCUCUGUCUCUGACGUCAGAGAUUGUGUCUGAACCGUCCUGCUCUCUAGCUCUGACGGAUGACUCUUUGCCUGAUGACACUCACACACUCUUACUUAGUGCCCCGGAGAGCAAUAGGAGGCCCCACCCGGGGGAGGUGCCAGACCUGCUGAGCGUGCGGAAGUCCGGGGUCAGCCGCACGCACUCUCUGCCCAACGACAGCUACAUGUGCCGCGAUGGAAGCACGGCCGAGGGGUCCCUGGGACACGGGAGCUGGGGGCUCCCCAAAGCUCAGUCAGGCUCUGUCUUGUCCGUUCACUCCCAGCCAGCAGACACCAGCUACAUCCUGCAGCUUCCCAAAGAUGCUCCCCAUCUGCUCCAGCCCCACGGCGCCCCCACGUGGGGCACCAUCCCCAAACUGCCCCCGCCCGGCCGCUCCCCUUUGGCUCAGAGGCCUCUUAGGCGCCAGGCAGCAAUAAGGACCGAUUCCCUGGACGUUCAGGGCCUGGGCAGCAGGGAGGACCUGCUGUCAGAGGUGAGUGGGCCCUCCCCGCCUCUGGCCCGGACCUCCUCCUUCUGGGGCCAGCCGAGCACCCCGGUGCAGCACUCCCGCAGCCAGAGCAAGAUCUUGAAGCACACGCACUCGCCAGCCCCCUGCCCGGGCCCAGAGCCCACCUGGGACAAAAGCCCGCUGGAGGCCAGAAGCAGCUUAGAGCUGGACACGGAGCUGAGCUGGGUUUCAGGAGACCUCCUGCAGGUGGGCAGCCAGGAGGCGCCCCCUUCCCCGCGGGACCUGAAGAAGUGCUACAGCGUGGAGGCGCAGAGCUGCGGACACCGGCCCGCGUCCUGGCUGGAGGAGCAGAGGAGGCACUCCAUUGCUGUCAGCUGCCUGGACAGUGGCUCCCAACCCCACCUGGACCCCGGCCCCUCAGGCCUCGGAGGGCCACCUCUCGGGGGGCCUGGGAGCCGGCCCAAGAAAAAACUCAGUCCGCCCAGUAUCUCUAUAGACCCUCCCCAGGGCCAGGGCGCUCGGCCCCCAGCCAGCCCCGGCAUCUGCCUCCGGAGGAGGGCUCCGUCCAGCGACUCCAAGGAUCUCUCGGCCUCCGGCCCCCCUGACAGCAUGGCUGCCUCGCCCUCCCCAAAGAAAGACAUGCUGGGCGUCUCCGGUUUAUCCUCUGACCCGGCAGACCUGGACCCCUGAGUCCUGCCCCCCCUCUCCCACUCACCUUUCUCCACUGGGUGCCAAAUCCUCGCUCCUCCUCUUGGGCUAUAUUCCUGACACAAGUUCCAUGUGGACACCCAAGAGGCGCCCCUCCCUGCCUCAGUGGCACUGGGCACUGGCCGCUGCAGGAUUCCCAGCGAGUGGGGAGCAGCAGCCCUGCCCACCCUGGCUCCAGGCAGGAAGAGAAGCCCAGUGUCUCUGAGGUUCCCGACACCAGGAGCUGUUGGGAGAAAGCAAUACGUUUGUGCAGAAUCUAUGUAUAUUCUAUUUUAUUAAAUUAAUUGAAUCUAGUA